GGGCGCCGUGGCCCAGGCCCAGGGUCGGCGGGCGGAGGACGACUCGCGGCCUCUUUGUCUCGGCAGCGGCGGGCGCGUCCGCGGGGCCCGGGGCGGAAGUCCCGCCGCGCUCCCGGCGCCCCGGCCGCAGAGGUGGCACCAUGAGCGACAUCCGCCACUCGCUCCUGCGCCGCGACGCGCUCAGCGCCGCCAAGGAGGUGCUGUAUCACCUGGACAUCUACUUCAGCAGCCAGCUGCAGAGCGCGCCGCUGCCCAUCGUGGACAAGGGCCCUGUGGAGCUGCUCGAGGAGUUCGUGUUCCAGGUGCCCAAGGAGCGCGGCGCGCAGCCCAAGAGAUUGAAUUCACUUCAGGAGCUCCAACUUCUUGAAAUCAUGUGCAGUUAUUUCCAGGAGCAAAGCAAGGACUCUGUCCGGCAGAUUAUUUUCUCAUCCCUUUUCAGCCCCCAAGGGAACAAGGCCGAUGACAGCCGAAUGAGCUUGUUGGGAAAGCUGGUCUCCAUGGCAGUGGCUGUGUGUCGAAUCCCAGUGUUGGAGUGUACAGCCUCCUGGCUCCAGCGGACGCCUGUGCUCUACUGUGUGCGGUUAGCCAGGGCCCUCGUGGAUGACUACUGCUGUCUGGUGCCAGGAUCCGUUCAGACGCUGAAGCAGAUAUUCAGCGCCAGCCCUCGCUUCUGCUGCCAGUUCAUCACCUCAGUCACUGCGCUGUAUGACCUGUCGUCAGACGAUCUCAUCCCACCGUUGGACUUGCUUGAGAUGAUUGUCAACUGGAUUUUUGAGGACCCGAGGUUGAUUCUCAUCACUUUUUUAAAUACUCCAAUUGCAGCCAAUCUCCCAAUAGGAUUUUUAGAGCUCACCCCACUCACUGGAUUGAUCCGCUGGUGUGUGAAGGCCCCCCUGGCUUAUAAAAGGAAGAAGCAGCCCCCCUUAGCCAAUGGCCACGUCACUGCCAAAGUCACCAAGGACUCGGGGGGCCUGGACAGAGACUCCCACCUCUUGUACUCAAAGCUCCACCUCAGCGUCCUGCAGGUCCUCAUGAUGCUCCAGGUGCACUUGACCGAGAAGAACCUGUACGGCCGCCUGGGGCUCAUCCUGUUUGACCACAUGGUCCCGCUGGUGGAGGAGAUCAACAGAUUGGCGGAUGAACUGAACCCCCUCAACGCCUCCCAGGAGAUCGAGCUCUCCCUGGACCGGCUGGCACAGGCCCUGCAGGUGGCCAUGGCCUCUGGAGCCCUGCUGUGCACGAGAGAUGACCUGAGAACCUUGUGCUCCCGGCUGCCCCAUAAUAACCUUCUCCAGCUGGUGAUCUCGGGCCCCGUGCCGCAGUCGCCGCACGCGGCACUCCCUCCCGGGUUCUACCCUCACAUCCACACACCCCCGCUGGGCUACGGGGCUGUGCCGGCCCACCCCGCCGCCCACCCCGCCCUGCCCGCGCACCCCGGCCACACCUUCAUCUCAGGCAUGACCUUCCCGUUCAGGCCCAUCCGCUAGGCUGGCCCCCGCGAACCGCUGAGUGGCACCGUGCCUUCCGUGCCUGGUUGGAGGAAGCCUUCCCAGGAAAGGACGACCGAUCCAUAGGAGAGGGCUCGGGGGGGCAGCCAGGCGGCCCGUCCUUGCUGCAGAACCACGGAGCCGGGUCAGUGCGGAAGUUCUGCGACGUCGCCGUCCAGGUGCCUCCUACCUGUCUCAUUCGUAAAAGCCCAGAUGGGAUCGAUGAAAGGAAACGUCCAGCCCUCUGCGGAGCGAUGCGGGCAUCUUUAAGAGCUGCAGGGGCUGUGAGCCUGUGGUCUGGGGUGUCAUUGCAGACACACGCCCUGAGCCUGUGCCGUCGGAGCACUGGUGGAGGAGCAGCGGCCGCAAGUCCGCGUGUCUGGCUUCCCUCCUUGUGGACGGGCUGUGUCCCGCCAGGAGCACGAGGCACUCCCGUGGCUCCGGGAGCGUGAGGCCGAACCCUCGGCGUGGCGAGCUCUCACCCAGCACUUGGCCCCCACAGGUCAGGGGAACCUGUGAGCGUGGCCCCCGUCAGUGGGGAAAGGGAUGUCUCUGUUUUAUUGGGGUCUCUAAGUUUUCUUUCCAUGUGUUCAAAUAAAUUUUUUCUAAACAGUU